GACGUGGCGCUGAUACGAACAGCGCCCUUUUUGCAUUUCACACUCGUGGCGCUGGCCUAUCGAUUGCGCACGUGUUUACAAACAUCAAUUUCCAAAACGUGACAGUCUCUGCUAGUACAGGAAUCCACACGUCCAACGCAGUGCUGCCCCGCCGUUACCCCCCAAGCCCAGGCCGGUACGUAAGUCGCCGUUGCGUACAUUGAUUGUUAAACUCACGUGAUUUGGACGAAAGAGAAUACUGGUUUUACAUUCUUCUAAAAACCCCUUCGGCCCUUGUCAUGUCCAACAAGGGUAGCAUAUACGUGGGAAAUCUCCCAAAGACGUUUACUGAGAAUGAUUUCCGUCAGCUUUUUGUCGAGAUGGGACCAAUCGCAUCGGCUUUCUUGAAAGAUGGCAAGCCCAAAGAUGGAACACAAAUGUUCAAAUACGGGUUUGUAAAUUUUGAAGAUAACUCUUCCGUUGAGAUGGCUAUAAACACUUGCCAAGGUAAAGUGGUGCAAGGAAGAGUCCUCACUGUGCGGAGAUCAGAGAAGAACAGAAAAGCUUUACUUGCAACUCCUGGACGUCCAGAUCCAAACUGGAAGGAAGGGUCCCAACAGUAUAACAAAGGACCAGACGAAGUGAAGAAUCUCCAAGGAUAUGAGGAGAAGGUUAGUAUCACCCAUGUUGUGGAUCCACACACCAUCUUUGUCCAGGCGGUCAACAGGGAAAACCUGGAGAAGUUCUCUAUCAUCAUGUCAAAGCUCCAAGACCACUGCAACUCUGCACCAAAAGUUCAUGAACUCCACCCUGAUAGAAACAAGAUCUAUGGAGCAAUCUUUCAGGACGAUGGAGCUUGGUACCGAUGCAGAGUGACAGGACAUACACAUAACAUGGCUCAGGUGAUCUACAUAGACUAUGGUAACGGCGCCGAGGUGGAAAUCAACUCGAUGGCAGAGCUCUCGGACGAGCUUGCAAGCAUCAGUCCUAUUGCUCAGAAGAUCAAGAUUAUUGGUGUAGCUCCCUCGUUGAAGGACUCAUCAGAUGAGGCUAAGCAGGCUUACUCAUUCAUGGAGAGCCUGGAGGCCGCAGAUGGAGAGAGCCAGAGUUUGAAGAUCAUCAUCGCUGAUGGUGUCACUCCCCUGGAAGAUGGCUCCCUGCCAGUGCAGCUGUUCCAGAACAAUAUCAACGUGGCACAGACUGUGAACAAGAAAUUCGCUCCAGGGUACCAGGAGAAGGUGGUCCAUGCAGGCUCCAAGCAGCUCCUCAGCACUCCCCAUCUGAUGCCGGGUGGAGCAGGCGGAGCUGGGAUCCAGCGAAAGAACAAGGAGUUUCAAGGAGGUGGAGAUGUGAACGGUAUCAAUGGGCACAAGCCACACCAUAACCACAGCAAGGAGAUGAGUGACCUGAUGAAGAGAGUACAGAACUUGGAAAGUGUCUUGGAACAGCUCAAAGAUGAUAAAUUCAUCCUUCAGAAUCAACUCCUGAAUUACAAGAGUGAAGCGCAGAAGAAGAAAGAGGAAGAAUCCAACAAGAUGAACAAUAUUCUGCGAACUCAUCUAUCCCCUUUGACUGAGAGCUUCCAGAGAAUCAAAGAAGCAAGGAUACGUUUCUCAGUUGACCCUGACGUGAAGAACACUAUCCAGCAGGCCAUCGAUCUUGCAACCAAGAGACUCCAUCCCUUCAUGGAGGGUAGUCCGUCCAAGGAGAAGGGCGACCUCAUCAGUCUCAUCCCGGACUCGGAACCAGUCGGUCUCAAGUUACAGGAACUAGAAAGCAUGCAGCAGGUCCUACAGAAUCUGGAGUCCAAGGAUGAAUUGGGCGAUGCAAUGCUGAAGCGAAACGAUGCCCGACACGAGGCCUACAAAGCACUCACCAAUUUCAUGGAUGAUGUCAAGAAAUUGCCCAUUGCCAAGAGGCUCCAAGAUAUUGAGGAUAUGGUAAAUCAGUUGGAAUCGGAGUACAGCUCCUAUCUAGACCCUACCAAAGUGAUGCAGCCAGAUCAUCACGUAGCAGACAUGGAAUGCUUUGAUGAAUACCAAGCAUGGCUGGAAGAAAGAUGCGCGAAGAUAACUCCUCUACGAGACGUAACCAAUGAACUGAGGGCUAAAUGGUGCGAGUUACUCACUGACAUGAAUAAGUCCUUCCUGUUUGAUGGCAACUGCUCCCCUUCUUUGGAAUCUUCUGAUAAGCUAAGGGAGGACUUUGAGGUUGCCAUGGAAAUGGAAUUAACGUUCACUCUCCAUGGAUACACGCCAUCAGUUGAUCUUGCUGACAGCACAGCAUUGAAGACUAAACAGGAGCAAGAUGUGAGAGAAGUUGAGGUGAUCUCCUCCACGGUGCACGCCUUGGUGAAGGCACUCGUCAAGGAGAAACAGACGCUGGCCAGUCUGGCCCAGGUGUGUGAGAACUUUGCGUCGAUGUCCGGUCAGCUGAAUCCGUGGUUGAACAACAAACCCGACGUAUCCGGUCUGCAGAGCCUCAUGAAGGAGGUCAAAGCCCUCCGGUCGAGACUAAGACAUAAACUUGCUGAUAAGAGAGACUUGGAAGAGGAUACGGAGCAGUAUGAGGCUAGUCAAAUGGAAGAACUCAAGGUUGAGAUCAACACUAUUCAGGAGAAGCUUUGGACAUUGUAUCAGAAAGAAGAUUCAUUACUGAGGGAAUUAUCUGAGCUGACUGCAAAUCAUUUCCCUGAGUUACCAUAUCUCUACCCUGCUCUUGGCAUCACCAAAUUCUUGGAUACCAAUGGGCUGGUCAAGGAUGGUCGUGACCUCACACACCUUGAGCUCACACCAGUGCCCGGCUGUAAGAAGACGACGGUCAAGCUCGCUAAGGUCAACGGAAAACCUGUCAGCAUCAUCAAGGUAAUUCAUCUACCCGAUAAGCAUACACUGGAUAAGAUGAUUGCCUACUCGGUGAUCGAUAUCCCGUCUUGUAUGAGACUCCAUGCAGUAUAUCCAGAGAAAGACGGUUCUCAGCUCUCACUUCAGUUACCAUACAUGGGACUAGGGAACAUCGAGACUGCCGUCAAAGAAGACGGGCUGCUUAGUAAGACGGCUGUCAUCAGUGUCUGCAGGGAUAUUUUAAUGGCCCUCGAGGGGCUUCACAGACUAGGUCUGGUUCAUGGAGGUAUACACCCAAGGAAUGUUCUCUUAGAACAGAGGGUAGACAGCAAGGAGGAGGAGCCUCAAAUCACUGCACACCUUGCCGAGUUUGACUUCACAAGAACCACUAGCGAGACAGCUUUGAAGGGCUUCACCACCGAAACCGGGAUAUGCUUCACGGCACCGGAGGUCAACUGCGGCCUUCAAGCAACAUCACAGGCCGACAUCUUCGCUUGUGGUCUCCUCCUCCUCUGGGCGCUCUACCCGACCAGAGUCUUCAAAGUCGAAGCAGACGGCACACCCGACCUGCACGGCUGCGACCUUCCAGCCUCCCUGACGGAGAUUCUGGACGCCAUGCUGAACUACAGCCCCUCCAAGCGGCCCUCCGCCACCCGCGUCAUGGAGUCCUCGUUCUUCACCAGCCCUCCCGACUUUACCGAGAAGUCGCCGGCGACGAUGACGAUAGUGGUCAACGAGGGCAACUCUACCCUCGAGGAGAGUUCGCUGAGUGAUAUCCCAGAGGGUGAAGACAACCAGAGAGACAUCAGUGCCACGGUUGAUCCUCAGACGGAACAGUCACAGCAGACAUCAUCGCCUGGAGGUACCAAGAGAUCGAUGAAGACGCCACCAGUUUCUCCCCUCAAGAAAGCCAUGACUGAGAAGCAAUCUCCUGGACAGAUGCUCCAGGACUCCCCUCCAAAGGUCCAGGAUGAUAUCGCCAGCGGCCAAGGAGAAGAGACGACAACAGAGAAAAUAGAAUCCGUGGUCCAGGAAUUCAGCCAGGUCACCUUGGUAACCGAUCACAAGGUUAACACAGAAGACACUGGAGAGGCUUCAGACUGUGAUAGUGAGCCCCCUCCUUUGGAAGAUGACGAGGUCGUCAUACCAACCCUAGUAGAAGGCCCCCGACACUCAAAAGAACCGGCAGAAGCAGGCAAUACUGAUGCUGAUGAUAAUAGCUCCCCAGUCUGAGGGAGGGAUGAUGCGUCAUUCAUGUCACAGCUUUUUAACCCUGUGCAGACAAAUCAUGGCAGUAUUAUGAUUUUUGUUCUGUAACACGACAUCAUCCUUUUGAAGAGAUACAUUCUUAUUUUCAAUAGUUCACUUAUGUCUUGUUGAAGAAAGAAUGUUUAGUCAUGUUGUACAGAGUCAAGGAAAGAGUGCUGCUCAUGGACUAUUUUCUCUCUUAUUUUUUUAUCAUAAGUGGACGUUUUCUUUAUUUCUAACAUUCGUAGAGUGCAUAUAAAUCAUAUAUUAUAUCAUUAAAAAUGUUAGCUUAAAAUGUGUUUAGUAAUUCGGGUUAUAAAUUAGGUCUAUGUCUGUUGAGAUUGAUUGAUGCCAAUUCUGUUCAUCACAAAACUUAACAUAUAUGCGAAUACUGCUAAGAAAUCGUAAUAAGAUAAGUUUAAUCAUAAGUUGUGCCGUAGUUAUGAGCAGCUCAAACUCGUUAUGUCUCUGAAAAGUACUUGGAAUUAAUCAGUCUAAGUUAAGUUUUAAUCUCAAGUCUUUGCCUUAGUUAUAAGCAGCUGAUCAGCACAGUAUUUUGUAAGUUUCAAACAGUAUUUUGUAAGUUUCAAACCUUGCCAAAGAGUACUACUUAUUCUGAUCAAAACAAUAAGAAGAAAGUCAAUUUAUGUUUGCCAAAGAGACUGUUUUACGUGUACUCACUAUGUAUGUGCCAAAAUACAUUUCCAGAGUUGAGGAUAUGCACAUUUAAUGCAUUUUUGUUACUUUUUUUUGUAAAACAUGAAGAUUGUUAUCAAUGUAUUUGCUCAUGUACGUACGUGUAGUUUGCCAUACAAUGAGCUGUUGUCAUUCCUCUUUCAAACUGUGCCAAAGUUUUUUACACAAAUAAUAAAUAAAUAACACUCUCCCUCACAGAAUAUGUUGUUUUGUGAUGGGAGAGUGCUAUGUGUUUAGUUUGUAAAAAUGAUCCAGUGCUUCAUUUCGUAGACUCGAGGGAAGUAGCCCACAAAGAAAUGAGGUAACAUUAAUGUGUGAUGUCGUUGUGGAAUAGCGAGCUUCGGUUGUUAGAUAUUUAGAAGAUCGUGAUAUUGAUGUUUAUUUCUUCUUGUACAAACUCUCUUAUUACUCUCUAAGUUCAUUUGUUUAUCUAUGUUCAUUGGGACCAAUAAACCCAUGAACUCCCACAGAAUGGGCCCUGUUACAUAGCGCUUAGUGAUUGAUCGUGAGGCUCAUUUCUACGAUUGAAUGCAUUGAUUGUUGUGUAUGAUCAGUAAAUGAAAACCAACCAUCCAAUCAAUUACCACGCUUCAUAAUGCGGAGCCCCGGGAGGUGUUUGUUCUCAAUAUAAGCCAGAAGGGACUUUUGCACCUGCCUCAUCAGGUGAAAAUACCUGGUAUUUUCAAUCUGGAAUCAUAGGCAUCAAGUACAUGUAUAUUCCGGUGCGAAAGCAUUGAAAGAAAGCGCAUGCCAGUGAAUAGUGGAAACUUUUCAGAUUUACCGGAAAUUGUGCAUGGAUAUUUGCAGUGUGGACAAAAACUACAAGUACUUUAGAUGUUAGGCAAAGAUAGUGUGCAUCAUUUGCUGGGGGAGUUAAAAAGUCUUGCUGCAGACAGCCGAGUAUGAGAACAUUUUUCAUUUGAGGAGGGUGUGAAUGCAUGAAUAGAUUAUCAGGUAUUUUAUGGAUUGAACAAAGCCUUGUAAUAUAUGAGGCUUUCUGUUUGUAGCCUCGAAUAUGCAGAGAUUGCAUGUUGAACAGAAUUCUUGAACAGAUUCACAGAGAGAGAAAAUUUUGAAGAAAAUACAGAGGGCAGUCGUAAGUCAAGAGGAUUGUAGGCAGAGAAAGGACAGACGCGCUGUAUUCAUAUUUCUGUUCAUCGAUUUCAUUAUUCUUUGUCUAACAGUGUUCUCCACAGUAUUUGCUUACUUUAUUUUUCAAGAAUGUUUCAUCUAGUUUAGAGUUGCUUUUGGUCCCUGAGUUGUGAGUGUUGUACCUUAAAGGUGACUUGUCAGAGGUCCAAGUCCUGAUACUACUAGCCCUGGUCUCUGUGGCAAUAAGUUCUUCUGUGUUACAGGUCUUGUUGCUUCCAGUCUAUGGUUGGUCAGUAAUUGAUGAAUAGACCAGGGCCAGUUUGGGGAUACUUGCUUUCUCUUUAGAAUUACAGGUUUUGAACAGUCUUGGCUACCUAAUAGAUGGCUUGUUGAUAGUCAUGGUCUUGAUAUGAUCUCUUCAGUAGUACCGGUCUUGGUGCAUCCCUUUGUAAGUAAUUAAGAUGAUGGUUUUAAAUGGGUCUUGGUGAGUUUUGGGAUACAUGGUUUCUACAAGUACUGCAGGUUUAGACUAGUCUAGGAUACUGGAUACAUAAUAAUUGGAUCUUCAGUUUUACAGGCUUUGCCUGUCUCGAUUACUUGGUAGGUGCCUUACAGGUAAUGAAUGGCCAGUGCCUUAUAGGUAAAGGCCAGUUUGGGGAUACUCGGUUUCUUGAUAGUUCCACAGGUUUGAACAGUCUUGGCUACUUGAUAAAUGGCUUGUUGGUGGUCCAGGCCUUGGUAGUACUCGCCUGGGCUCCAUAGUAACUGGCUCUUCAAUGUUACUCUUCUUGGUACAAGUUUUCAGGUGCUCAAAGUGUGAUGAAAUAUAAAUCAUGGACAAUUUUGGGGAUAUUUGGUUUGUUCAGCAUAUACUACAGGUUUUUGCCAAUCUUGGUUGGUUGAUAGAUGGCUUAUCAGUAGUCUAAGUCCUCAUACUACUUGUCCAGGGCUCCAUGAUAAGUGGCUCGUUAGUGUUAUGGGUCUUAGCGUUUCCAGUUUGGUUGCUCAGCAGAUGAAUUUAUAGAGGUUGUGGUCAGUUAUGGAUACUUGGUUUCUUAAUUAGUACUAAAGGUUUUUUUCGUGGCUACUUGAUAGGUGGCCAAACAGUAGUUUGGUCUUGAUACUUACUAGGUACAUAAUUAGAUCUUCAGUAUUGCAAGUUUGCUCACAUUUGGGCUACUUGGUUGUUGGUUUAUCAGAAGUGCAGAUCAUGAAGUAAUGUCUUGUCUUAUCAAUAUGACAGCUCUGUAUCAUUUGUAAGUUGCUUAUUGCUAUUACAGGUCUUGGUCAGUCUUGGGGUACUAGACUUCUUAAUAUUGCAAAUCUUGAUGUUACAAGUGUUUUAGUUGGUCUGUCAUUCAAAGUCGUGAUGUUUUAUUGUGUUCAAGGUUCCAAUGAGAAGGAGAACCAGUUUUACUUGUUGAAAAUUUCCAGAUUGCACAAAGUGACUAGCAACUUUUUAAAAGGAGCAUGAUAUCUUGGAUGGUAUUUAAGUUGACUUAGAGGUAGGUUGACUCACAGGAUUUGGUGUCCCAGAGGUCUGCGAGAUUAAUUCUCUAGUUGGCUCUUCCUCACAUCAACCAUUGUCUUUAAUAGUGAAGCAUGAAGAGACUGGCCUUUUUAAAGGAGUAUGAUACCUAGGAUGGUCUGAAUGUGUGUGUUUUUUUUUUAAAGGAGGGUGAUAUCUUGGAUGGUCUUUCAGUUGACCAAGAGGCAGCUUGAUUCCCUGCAGCUAUGGCCAAACCACAGAACCUUAGGUGUUCUAUGAUGAUUUUUCUGGGUUUUUUUCUGUCGAUUGUUAGGAUGAACUGAGAUGUAGUUUGAUGAUUGGCACCUUUAAGGGUGACACUCUCUGACUGACCACUAACCCGUAAUUGCUCUCUUGUCAUUAGGAUACUUGUAGUUGACUAGCUGCUUGAGGUGUUCCCAGGUCCCAUGAUAGAAAUGUGCAGGAAGUUCUGUCAAGACGUAUCACAGCUUGGUGAAUCACUUUCAUAUCAAUCAAUCUGGGAUGGAUUCGUCUGGAUUGACACGGUCAAGGUUUCAUCUUGAUUCAAAUUAAAGAGGAAAGAAUUAGAAAUCUCUUGGUUGAAAAUGUCUUUUAGAUUGUCGAGCUGGUUGAGAUGUUGUGACUCAAAUUACACAAGGUCUUAAAAGUUCUGAAUAUUCUUUGAAAUGUCAUUUGUAGUAUGAAGUAUGAAUGAUGGGGACGUAUAUAUACAAAUGUCUGAUUUUGAUAUUGCCUUACCAGCUCUUCCAGAAUUCAAAAUUUCCCAUUUGCCAGUUGGUUGAUUUCUAGUUUCCUCGACCAGCAAAAUUUAUCUACGAGAUCGGACGUGUUCUGAUCUUGUUUUCGGAUGCAUUAACACAUCACACAGCAUGGCCACAAAGGAAAUCUAGUGGCACGACUCUGCUCUGGUGAAUACUGGUUUAGUGUUCUUCAUGGAAAGUUUUCUCCAAAGUCCAGUCUUUGUAACUGCACCUUGAUGAAGUUCCAUAAUGACUUUGGUCAAAGUCGAUCAGAUUUACUUCAAAGUCCUCACUUGUUGAUGUGAAUUUCGAUGGACUUCCAUAUUCCCACAUUUUCUUGCUAUGUGCAGCAGCUCUUGCUUCCUUGCUGACAUGUGGUUGGAAUUAAUCAGAAAAACACUGGAUUUUACAUCAUUAUUACAAGGUAAACACUACAAGGGGAUUCCCCAACCAUGAGAUCAAGCCUCUUCCACCUGACUGAUCCGUCAAAUCUUAUCAAGGUCAAGAAGCUCUGUUUUACUGGCGAGUAUCACUAAUGGUCAGUAACAUGGCAUGUCUUUGUCACUUUAUUCUGCCUGUGCAUAGCAUUCAGUACAUACAUGAAUGUGAAGAAUGGUUUAGAAACUUCUACUUGGAAAUCGAUUAGUGAAGUAGACCCAUCAAUUCCUGAAGAAACGUUUUUAAGAUGUUCGAUUGACCCAGAUGUUCCUUCUGAGAAUACAGUUGGGUCUACAUUGUAUUGCUCAUUGUGUGGAAAGACUGAUUAUUAUGAGUACUGGUUUACAGUCUACUUGAAAUUGAUGCAUCGAAUAUGCAUUCCCUAGUAAACGACACUGUGACAAUGUCCCAUUGGCCAAGAUAUUCUUGCAGAAGGGUCUUGCGCAGAUGAUGAUAUUGCUCAUUAUGUGAAAAAGACUUAUGAUUAUGAAUAAUGGAUACUAAUCUUCUACUUGACAUGAGUGUAUGGGUACCUAUUUCCUUUAAGAAUAUUCAUGAUAUUGCACGUUACAUUGGAAGAGUGAUCACCGCUCUUGGUUCGGCAGACAGAGGUUGUAAUGGUAUUUUGCAAGAUUUCUUCCUGCACAGCAUGUGAUGGCAUACAUGUGAGUUUGUGGUAUUGACUCCGGCCCGGUAUACCAUGAUUGCUGGAUAGUCUUGGACUUGGUGAUGUUUAAGGAUGACAAUAAGUCACAGAGAGCAAGCAUAAGAUUCAACUCCAACAUGCUAGUCUUCCAGGAGAGGUUUCCAAGAUGUGUUUGUGAACAAAAGUGAUGAUCGUGACAAGGAAUUUAAAAUUUGAUAAAACUUGUUCCUGCUGCUAAAUCCUCUACAAAUGAAAAGGAGAGGUACAGUAGAGAGGACAUGAGUUCACAUGAAUGCUUCAUGUUGAAUGGAAGCGAGAAUCGACUGGAUUGUUUAUCUUUCCUAUUCUUAGAUUCUGUUAUUCCUCCACAGUAUUUAUUUUCUUUCAGUGUUAUUUUCAUAUACAUAAACAAGGAGAUCUGUAGCAAAGCAGUUGAUGCCUUUAGCCAUCCAAAUGUACGGGUGUGUUCUUGUCCCAAGGAUGAUUUGGAGAAAGACAGAAAGUACAUGUAUUUACAUAAUAGGAGUAACUAAAUAGCAAGGGCAACCAAAAUGAUGCUCUUAUAAAUGAGUCUGAAGUAAUACUGGACUGUCCAGGGUCUGGUAACACCAAGCCUAGUGACCAGUCUUACAUUUGAUGUUAUGACUGAUUGUGCAUUGUGAUUAAUACAAUCAGUUGUAAAAUGUAUCUUACAACCAUUGUCUUAUGGGGCUCAAUUGUGUUGCAUGAAGCUAAUCAUAAAGUUGUGACUUUACAAAUGAUUUUAUGAAUGUUAAUAUGAAAGAUUAAAGUAUGGCAAGCCAUGCUGGCCUUAAACAUUUUAAUUUAAUCACACCAGCCAAAGUUGAAGCAUGCUGAAUUGGGAUUCACAUAAUGGCACUUCAUAAUGCAUUCAUUCGCAAAGUCACGCUUAACUUCAAUGAACAGCUUUGUGAAACACACCCCUUGCCCCGAAGACGCCAUAUUCGAGCCAAACUGGCAACAAUCUUUGGCUAAUGUGAUUGCAUUUCAGUUUCAUGCACGGCACAAUUCAAUCAUCAUACCAAUUGGUGCAAUUUUCACCACUGCUUUCUUCUGAAUACUUUACCUUCAAGAAAUUUCAUUUCAGAAUCAUAGAUCUGAGUGAACAGAUCAUUAGCAAGAGAUUGGGAGCUCUGCGAUAAGUCUCUUUCUUACUUGCCCUGAUUUGAUGUCAAAUACUUUACAAGCUAUGUGUACAUUCCAAGGUAGAUGAGAGAUCUAAACAUAAGCUAAUGUGUGAAAUACAUUAUUUGUUUUAUAUUCCAUGACAGAAUGAGAAUGUCAAGUUGUAGAUUGGACAAAGUAUGCAAGAGGAAAGGCGAUGAUUUUGUAUAAACAGCUAGAUUCCUUCAAAAUACUUCGGUUAAUUUAGUUAUUCGGCUGGAUUCCAAAGAUUAUCAUUCUCAAGCAGUAGAACCUUAAAUACAUGUAUUAAAAUAACCAGCAGUUUUAGGUUUUUCUUAUUCACGUAUGUAUGCAAGUUAAAGGCUGAUAUUAAGUACUAUUUUACUAAUGUUUUGGUCAAAGUUUUGUAUUUUUGUAUUCAUUUUUACAUUUAUAUGCAUGUUUAUACUGUAUUUUGGUUUUAGUGUUUUUAAAGGAUGGUAUAUCCAGAAUAAAGAUCACUUUUGGACGACAAAA